GACGCGACAACUUGCCGCGCUCGACGCCAAAAAAAAAACAAUGGGCCGCGACGACGACCGCGACCGCGACCGGUCGCGGCGCGACCGGAGCCGCGAGCGGUCGCGGCGCGACCGGAGCCGGUCGCGGGACCGGAGCCGGCGCGACCGGUCGCGGCGCGAGAAGAGCGCGGACAAGGCCGCGGCCGAGCCCGCGCCGGCCCCCGCGCCCAAGGAGAGCAUCGAGAUGAUCAGGCAGAAGUCGGAGAUCGACGACCUGACCAAGGACCAGCGCACGGUCUUCGUGAGCCAGCUCGUCAUGAAGGCGACGGAGAAGCAGAUCCGCAAGUUCUUCGAGAAGGUCGGCAAGGUCAAGGACGUCAUCAUGAUCCGCGACAAGUACACGAACCGCCACAAGGGCUUUGCGUACGUCGAGAUGGCGGACCUCGAGUCCGUGCCCAUGGUGCUCAUGCUCAACGGCACGGUCGCCGACUUCCAGCGCUUCCCCAUCCUCGUCAAAGCCUCCGAGGCGGAGAAGAACUUCCUCGCCAAGCAGGAGGCGACGGCCGCGCAGCAGGAGGCCGCGGAGGUGUCGCGCGCGGCGGCCGCGCCGCGGAAGCAGCUCCUCGUGGGCAACCUGCACCCGAACAUCACGGAGAGCGACCUGCGCACGGUGCUGGCCCCCUUCGGGGCCGUCGACGCCGUCGACAUGGGCGCCGUCGCGCCGGGCUCCGCCGUCGUCACGUUCGUCCACGCGGACGACGCGGCGAAGGCGAGCUCGCGCAUCGCGGGCAUCGAGCUCGGCGCGGACAAGCCCAUCACCGUCGAGUUCUACGACGACCCGGCCUUGGCCGGCGGCGGCGUGUCGUCGUCGGACUGGAGGCUCGACUCCGACGCCGCCGCCGCCCCAGCCCGCGGCGCCGCCGCCGCUCCAGGGGCCCGCGACGGCGGCGUUCGUCAUCUCGAACAUGUUCGACCCCGCGACGGAGACGGACCCGACGUGGCGGUCCGACAUCCGCGACGACGUCACGGCGGAGUGCGGCAAGUACGGCCCCACGGUCCACGUCCACGUCGACGCCGUCUCGCCCCGGGGCCUCGUCCACGUCCUCUUCCGAGACGCGGACGGCGCGGCCGCGGCCGCGGCCGCGCUCCACGGCCGCUGGUUCGCCGGCCGCGCGAUCACCUGCGUCUACGUCGCGCCGGAGACGCACCGCGCCCAGUUCGCCGCCGAGAUGUGAGGGCCGGGGGGCGAGCCGCGGACGACUAAGCACCGGCAUCCGC